UCAAUUACGAAAGCUGCUAAUCCAAUUGAGCCUCGCCUACUCGCUGGUGUCACGCUGGUCACGCGCAGUUUUGUACGCUUUUGAUGGCCAUAAAGUGCCAGUUGACCGACAAUACGGUCUCGUCCAAACAUUGGAGGUGUGUAUCACACAAUGGAUUGGACAAUUAGAUAAUGACGUGCCCGUCUGUGCGAAAGCAACCGCUUCAAAGAGAGUGAUGUGGAUGAGCUUGCCGACAAAGUAGGCUUAGAAGUGCGCAUCGCAACCACCAUGCAGCAACUCGGCAAUGAUUCCUUCCCAUUCCGACUGACGGCCCGUCGAAACGUACUUCAAGUGAGCCCAGCAACUGAAGAAAGCAACAACAUGAGCUCGAGUCUUCGUCUGCGACGAACGGGUGGUUCGUUUGUGUCUUACAUCGACCUCGAUGACUCGCCGACUGCUCAGCGGGCGUCAUCACAAACAGAAGUGUGGGAGUCCCCGGUAUCGCUCACGCCGGAACUUCUAGAAGACGAAGUCGUCGUCAGUGAAGUGAAUAACGUGCUAAAAUUCAACACCCUCAGUGACCUCCGCAACGGUGUAUCUGGCGUGCUCUUUUGUACAAGUUUCCGGUUAAGUUUUGUGACCAUGCAGCAGAUUGCUCCGACGCGAUCGCUAAACCUUUGUGCUAACAGAAUGUUGAAUGAGAACGACAUUUCCUUAUUAAACAUUGACACUGUUUACCAAAUAUCCGGGGGACGUCGAAAAAGACUGUCAUCAGGAGGAUCACCACCGGAGAUUGUGCAGAUCCACUGCAAGGAUCUGCGAGUUUUUACGUUUUCUUUCAAAUUCUGCGCGCAAGAACAAAGCGCUAAAGCUGUUCAAUACCUCUUUCGUUAUGCUUUUGUGUCAAACACGGACUUGCUGUUUAGCUUUAGGGGCAAGGCGGGACCUCGUGAACCGCUCUCCGUUUUCGAGUCAACCGCCGAAUGGGAAGCCGAAAUUAACAGGUGUCAGUGCACACGAUUCCGAGUGACGGACAUAAACAAGAAAUAUGGGUUUUCGCAUUCCCUUCCACGGCGGUUUGUGGUACCAAAGCAAUUACUGGACUGCCAACUGCAGUCCUUAUCACCUCAUUUCUUUCAUCAUCGUGUCGUUAUGUGGUGUUGGAGUUCCCACAAAGGUGCUGCGUUGCUCAAAGCGUCCGCAUCGGACACGACGUCGGACACCGGCGAAUCGGACCGUUACAGUCACUUCGUGCGCUGCCUCGGCCCCGAAAUACAGCUGGUGAAUCUGGACCUUGAAUGCCCGGUGGUCAAAGAGAUCGGAUCGAGUUUUUCGAGACUGCAAGCGUUGUGUGUUCCGACGACGGAGUCGGAGUUCAAGGACCAAGAGACGCACUUCCACGGCAACCUGGAAGCAACUCGGUGGCUGGAGUGCCUGUCGGGCUGCCUGCGAGUGGCGGUGACCGCGGCAAAAGGCAUAUCGCAUUACAGCAGGCACGUGAUAGUCAAGGAACGGACAGGUUACGACAUGACGUGCGUCGUCACCAGUCUCGUGCAGGUACUGUUAGAUCCACACUGCAGAACGCAACAGGGUUUCCAGACGUUAAUCGACAAGGAAUGGGUCGCCGGCGGACACCCGUUUGCCGAACGACACGCGCACCUUCGCACGAUGGAUCCAAAGUCGGAGUCUGCACCACGGUCCGAGAUGGUCCCGAUAUUCCUCUUCUUCCUCGACUGCGUGUGGCAGUUACAAGCACAAUUCCCGACCAUGUUCGAGUUCUCCGAGACGUACCUCACGACGCUCUGGGACUGUGCGCACGUCGGUGUGUACGACGCGUUCCUCUUCAACUGCAACAGGGAGCGGAAUAAGGCGAAGAAGUCUCGCGUGUUCCGAAACGUUUGGGACUGGACGGGGCCGACGAGCCGUCUCACGGUGCAAGAUUUGGAGUUGUUCAAGAACCCUCUGUACAUAUUGAACAAGGCGGAAGAGUAUCUAAACCACGGGACAACGGCGGAGCACGCGGGUGCAGGAGACGCGAUUGGAGCGUCCGACGACCUUCUCUCCGCGGACUACACCAUAAAAGCGCUCUCCGUCUGGACCCAGUGCUACUUCCGGUGGAUUCCCAAGGCCGAGGUCGUCAACGGCGAUCCGGCGACGCUGUUCCUGCACAACGUGAGAGUCUCCCGCGAUAUCCAGUUCUUGGCCUCGAAGAUUCGGGCGCUGCAGGAGGGCAUGAAGGGAGUGCAGCUUCGGCAUCGCAGGAUGCCGUCCGACGAGUACAUCUUCGCGGCACAGCGCAACUCCGUGCGCGCAGUGUCGCAGGAGGGACAUGUCAUCACGUCGUCCUUUCCGUUUGCACCGUCCGGCCCCGUCGACUGGGGGACGGCACACAUUCCUUCGAUCGCACCGCUGCCAAAUUUCGGGGAAGGGUAUGACGACCUCGACGACUGAGAUUGUUGCCAAAGACCUAGUAACGAUUGCGUGAAAUGAGUGUGUGAGGAAGGUCUCUAUUAGACCUUGGGUUGGGGUUGCACGUUGUUGAUUUUUUUUUGUUUUGAAGCCCUAGGCACAUCGCAUAAUUAUUUCAGCCUUUUUCACAGUUUUUUUCCGACAACACUGCUCGGACGCUCGCCACCUCUCGUUCGACGACAUUGUGCUGCGUCGUCGUUCUAUAAUAGGGUAAUAGUAUUAAUACUACCUUCAGUAUUCUCCAGCUUUCUCAGGCCGCGCGCAAUAGCGACACGUUGUUUCAACACGAAUGAGCCGUUUUUAUCCGCAGCAGUGAUGCGAGAUUGUUUUGUAAAUUUCAUUUUUACUUUUUUCUUUUUUUUUAAGAUACCCCAAAGGGGUGGGGAAUAGCAUUUAGUUGUUAGUGCAACAUGCACGCUGUUAUGCAUCUGUGGAAGUUGUACGUUAUGCCGACAAGUUAUACGAACACUAAUUGUCUUUGUGUACACAUUCGUUGCGACAUUUCGCUUGCUUUUCCACUUACGGAAUAUAUGUUUCAUAUAUACACUGUAGUUUUCUAACCAGUUUUGUAUAAUUAUGCAGGUCAAACACUGUAAACCUAUAAGUAUAUAAAUAUACAUAUAUAUAUAUAUAUAUAAAAUUCUGUAUAGGAGGAAUGUGUCUUCUAGUGUCAUAAAUUAUUCCCAGUCCUGCGCUCUAAAAGAAGGACUAUAGGUUCCCACUCACACUAUGAAGGAAGUGUGGCAUUAUGCUCCAUCUACUGCUCAACAUGAAAAUAAUGUUUUGUAAAAUAUGUGUAUCGCAGUAGCGUUUUGUAUGUGGGCAGUUUUUUUUGCCACAAGUUUGUAACACAACUGUAGUAGUAGAGCAAUAAAUGUCGCUUCUUAUAAAUUCGAGACAAUUUUGGGUCUGAAG